UCGUCCCUGGAGCCGCGGUGCCCACCGGACCCUCUGUCCGGGCACCCAGCGACCUGCAAGGAACCAGAGCCACCUUCCCCCUGUGGUUGGGCACAACCGAGGCAUUGACCACCAAGGUCCCAGCAGCUGAGCGCUCAGGCCAGAGGGCAGGUGCACAGCCCCAGAGGGUGCCUGGGGACGCCCUUCCCGCUCCCUGAGCCAAGGGAGGAAGCGGCUGGAGGCAGGAAGCCGUCCCCCAGGCCCGGGGCCCCCGCUGUGAUUUUGCUGGAAGGUCAGCGGCGACACAACAGGAAAUCGCGCUGCCUCGGCUGGGCGGCCAGGCCGGAGCCACAGAGCUGCACUGUGCUGACCCGGGGGCCAUCCCGGCCCCUGGCCCUCCGUCCUGGCUGGGCGGCUCGCGGGGAGCCCGCACCACCGCUGUCCUCCAUGGAAGGGGGACGGGAGCCAGGGAGCAGCCGCUGGCCCCAGGGUGGAAGAUGCAGGGCCGAAGCCCCCAGCUGAGCAUGGAGCUGAACAGUCUGCUCCUCCUCACAUCCUUCCUCUUGCACCUGGAAGAGGGCCAUGCCAGUCCUACACGGCUGGUGUGUGACAACAGACUCAUCCAGAAGUACAUCGGGGAGGCCAAGGAGAUGGAGAAGAGAGCGGGCCAGUGCCAGGCACUGCCCACACUCAGCUGCCCUGUGGUGCUGCCCUUGGUGGACUUCAGCCUUCAGCAGUGGAAAUCCAAAUCGAAUGAGACCAAGAGGCGGGAGAUCCUCUGUGACCUGGCACUGCUGGUGGGAGCCGUGGCGGGAGCCCAGGGCCAGGUAACACAGGAGUGUGGGGCCAGGCAGCUGAGCCAGCUGUACCGACACGCCAACUCCUUCCUGCUGCUCCUGCAGACCUUCAGCUGGGAGGCAGGGCCCUGGGAGCCCGGCUGCUCCCCACGCUCCAUGGAGCGGACCCAGAUCACAGGCAUCUUCCUCACCUACCGGCUGCUGGUGCAGGGCAAACUGCGCUUCUUCUUCCAUGACCUGGCCAAGGACUUGUGCCAGCAAGGCCAGGGGGGUGUUAGAGACCACCUGUGCAGGGCCCGGUGAGGCUGCACACCGGGUUCAUCACCCCCCAUCCCAGGGCAGAGCAAUCCUACCAGGCACCAGGCUGGGCUCUGGGUGCCCAGGAAGGUGCCCGAGGGAAAGGGUUGGCUCUUGCUCCUCAAGCCUUCAGCGACCGAGCGGCCCAUGGAAGCAGGGAGCAGCAACACUCCUGUGCCAGCAGGC